GAUUCAAAGUCAAGUGCAGCAGGAGGGAAACUUAUUUCUAAUCCCUCCAAAAAAAAAAAAAAAAAAAAAAAAAAAAAAAAAUAUCGGAAAAUAGUGGGGCUGUGAAAGCGGAUUUACGGGUUUAUUUGUGCCAUGUUUUAUUGACGCUACAGGAAUUAGAUUAAAGAUCACACCUGCAGCUGACAGUGAAGGAUGAACGGAUAUGAAACUCCGCCUCUCGCCUCCAUCGGUUUUGGCGCCUUCACCUCCCCACUGAACGGCCACGACUCGCAGUCUCCAGAACUUCCCAAGAAUAAAGCCAAGUCCAGUGCCAGAGCUCUGUACGAACAAAGAAAACACUACACCAAAACCAGCAUCAACAGCCUGACGGACACGUCACAGUACCACGUGGAGCACCUGACCACGUUUGUAUUGGACCGUAAAGAAGGACUGAUCACGGUGGACGAUGGGAUUCGACGCCUUCGCCUGCUGGACGCCAAAGGGAAGGUGUGGACGCAGGAAAUGCUGCUGCAGGUGGAGGAAAAGACGGUCAGCCUGAUCGACCAGGAGACCAAGAACGAGCUGGAGAACUUCCCCGUGGGGUCGAUCCAGCACUGCCAGGCGGUGAUGAACGCCUGCAGCUACGACUCCAUCCUGGCGCUGGUGUGCAAAGAGUCGGGUCAGAGCAAACCCGACCUCCAUCUCUUCCAGUGUGACGACAUCAAGGCGAAUCUGAUCCACGCUGAUAUUGAAAGUGCCAUGAUCGAUGCCAAAGGCAGCAAAGUGAAAAAGCGGCCGGAGGCGCUGAAGAUGAUCCUGAAGAGUGACGGGAUCAUCCCCCCGCCCCCUGCCGCUCCCGCCCCCGAGCCCCCGGCAGCUGUCAAUCAGGUGGACGUGAAGAGUCGAGUGGCGGCCUGGUCAGCAUGGACCAAUGAGCAACAAGACUAUGAGCGGCGGCGAGCAUCAUUGGAGGACGGGGCAGCGGAAAUGACGGCGGUACGAGUCGACAGAGACGUGCAAAUCCUGAACCACAUCUUGGACGACAUCGAGUUCUUCAUCACCAAACUGCAGAAAGCUGCAGAAGCUUUUAACGAGCUUGCCAAGAGGAAGAAGUCCAAAAAGGGCAAGAAGAAAGGACCAGGAGAGGGCGUCCUGACGCUGCGGUCCAAGCCCCCCAGUGAAGAAGAGUUUGUUGACUGUUUGCAGAAGUUCAAACAUGCUUUUAACCAGCUGGGGAAACUGAAGGACCAGAUCCAGAACCCGAGUGCUGUGGACCUGGUUCACUUUCUCUUCACGCCACUCAAGAUGGUGAUCCAGGCGUGCGGCACUGUGGACCUGGCGAGGAGCGUCGUGGUUCCGCUGCUGAACAGGGAUGCAAUUGACUUCCUCCACGCCUCAGGAACGGCAGAGGAGAGACACCUGUGGGUGGCGCUGGGGGACGGCUGGACCAAAUGCAGGUUGGAGUGGCCAAAAGACCAUUACUUCCCGCCUUGCGUGCUGAGAUUCCGGGACGGUUGGGAACCGCCGGGGCUGCAGCUGGCAGCGCCAAGUCGAGAGCCGGAGCUGAGCCAGCGGGCUGAGAGCCCCGCCCACGGAGAAACGCAGAGGAAGGAGGAUGUGCAGCUGUGCCUGGACCAGGAGCGCUCGGUGGGGCCGCUUCCUGCAGCAGACGGGUACGCCUUCAAACGCACGCAGGUUCUGGACCAGGACACGGCCAUGGCCGCCUUUAAGCAGGCCGUCAGCCGGCGUAUAGAUCGUGUGAUAUUUAAGAAGUUUACGACGCUGACGGCAGAGUUCAGCCAAAAACUAUUCGUCAAAUCUAAAUACGACUUUGUGGCCCGAAAUGGCACCGAGCUUUCUGUUCUGAAGGACGAGGUCGUGGAGGUCCUUGAUGACAGGAAACAGUGGUGGAAGGUUCGCAACGGAGGCGGGACUUCUGGUUAUGUGCCAAAUAAUAUUCUGGAGAUCACCAAAGCUGUGGACGUCACUGGAAGAGGAGAGCCGAUCUACAGCCACACUAUACAGCUUAUGAUGCCAAAGAAGGAGUUUGAGUUGUUCAAGCAGUUGCUGGGAGAAUUGAAUGAGAAACAGACAACGAGGACGGAAAUCCUCCCCGGUAAACCCGUAGCGACGCCGACGCCUCCGACACCGCCCUCUCCGGCGCCCACCAGGCUGCCCACAGCCGCCGCCCCCCCUCCAGCUUCAGAGCCCGCCAACAGCACCGCGGUUAGCCGCCACAACAGCGUGACAUCCAGCGACAACGGUGGCGUUGCUGCGAGGGAGACGCCAACCACAACCCUGCACACGGCAGCCGUAAGUCCCAGCUGCCACCUCACACCCCCUCAUCGUAGGAAAUCCAACAUGGAGGAGGUCCAGGACGAGCUGGUGCACAGACUGACGCUGGGCCGCAGCACUCACAAAAAGUUCCAGGUUUCUUCCCGCAGCGGCAGCCUGCCGGCCGUCAGCAUCACCUACGACUCGCCACCGCCCGACGUCCGAGCCUGGUUAGAGGCCAAAGGCUUCAGUCCCGUCACCAUCAGCAGCCUCGGCGUCCUGACCGGAGCUCAGCUCUUCUCACUCAACAAGGACGAGCUGAAGACCGUUUGUCCCGACGACGGGGCUCGAGUCUACAGCCAGGUCACCGUGCAGAAGGCUGCGCUCGAGAGAAGUUUGGGUUCGGAGCUUCAGGAGGUGAUGAGGAGGCGUCAGGAGAAACUUGCAGCCUCCACCUGUGACUCGGGGGUGGAGUCUUUUGAUGAAGGCAGCGUGCACUGAUCUCCACCCCCCCCCUUUUUUUUUUUAACCUUCAUCCUGCUAUUUUCUGGUUCUCAGGCGGCGAACGACCACGCCCACUUCUUGGAGCUCAUGCGGCGUCGCCAGGAAGUCCUGAGCUCGUCGCCAUAGAAACACAUCCAGAAGGGCACAGAAAUACCUGCCAUGCUUGUGACGCUCAGAUUGUCAGUAUUAACAUCUUGAUUUGUACAGGAAAAACAAAACGUGCUUUUUUUUUUUUUUAUCACUGAGAGAAUAUUUCCACUUUUUAUUUUCUAGUUUAAGUUAUUGUAAAAAUGAUCAAAAUCUAAUUUAUUUGUAAACACAGAAUUAAUGGUUGAUCACGUUUUAUUUUUCUUUUUUUGCACACGAUAACUUUACGACGGCGACUAAAGAAACAAAGUGAGACUUUGUGUCUCCAGGGUCAAAGGUCAGAGUGAGUUGUUGGAACUCUCCAGACUUUAAUGGUGGCGUCCUGUUCCCUCAGCUCAUAGGCCAAAAUGUUUCAAGGUGGAAUCGUUGGUUUCAGUUACAAAAAUGUUUGUGGUUCCUGGUUUGUCCACCAGACUGACAGCACACCCCCACUGCAAGAACAAGAACCACUGUUGAAAAGGGACUCAUUGCACCAGUGGAACUCGGGUUGGGUUUUGGUUUUUGUUACAUUUGUAACUGAAUUUCUCAUUGGUCCAGGGGCCACUGGAGCAGAGCUUGCAAACUAAAGUGUAGUGAUUCAUGUAGCAACAUGUCCUCAUAACAUUCUUGGUUGUCUUGGUGGAAACUAAAGUGGGACCGAAACCUGGACUAGUUCCCAGAAGCCAUAUAGUUCUGGUACCUGGAGUAUGAACUCUUUUCUACAGCUCGUAAUCUGGACACAUUUACAAAGUCAUUCCAGAGAUUCUCAGAUGUUAACUUGUUAUACUGCCGCCUGUGGUUGAUGCAGGUAUUGCACGUAAGCGAGCACAUAGUAUUCUUGUCUUGGCCACGCCCCCUUAUCCUGUGGCACACACGACGGUGUUUUUUUUUUUUUUUUUUUUUUUUGCAGUACUACACUUGGCCUGUAGAUGGCAGAACUGUUCUUGUACAACACUGAUUGUGAACACUGAAUGUAUCCACUGAUAAACGUGCUCCGCCCACAGCAACAAGACACCUCAUGU